AUGUAUGGCGCAGCCCGGCAUGGGCGAUGUGCUCUAAGGGCAAUCCGGUCUCUCCCUCCAGCUUCACAGCUCUCUGUCCGAACACAACUUGUACCUUCAACAUUCAGAUCUAUCUCAAGACCUGUCGCGGUCAGCCAUUUCUCCUCCAAGUCGCAGUAUCUACAACAAGCCCAAGCGUAUGCUGAAGAAAAUGCUCGCGCUGAAGAUUUCGGCGCAGAGGACAUCUCAGCCACUAAGCGAGAAUUCACCAGGUUUCAAGAGCUCGGUGAUGCUGGCAUCAUCGAUCAGAGAAUUAUCAACACACUCGUCAGUCAGAUGGGCAUACAUACAAUGACAGAAGUCCAGCGGAUGACCAUCAACGAAUGUCUCGACGGUACAGAUGUCAUUGCCCAGGCUCGUACCGGAACAGGCAAGACUCUAGCUUUCCUCAUGCCAAUCGUCCAACGAAUGCUCCGAGACCCUGCGUUCGGCCGAAAACAGCCCUCGAUAGGUGAUACAAGAGCCCUCAUCAUCUCCCCGACAAGAGAACUAGCCGAGCAGAUUGGCGAGGAGGCAAAGAAGAUUGUGCGAGGCACUGGUGUACAAGUCCAACUGGCUGUUGGCGGCACUCAGAAACAAUUCCAUCUCAAGUUGAUGCAGAGACAAGGCUGUCAUAUCCUGGUUGGCACGCCUGGAAGAGUCAAGGAUCUGUUGUCCGAUCCUUACAAUGGGCUGAGCAUGGAAAACAUACAGACCUUCGUGCUGGACGAGGCUGAUCGGUUGCUCGAUAUUGGCUUUGCCGAUGAUAUCAGGGAGAUCCAGAGUUACAUGCCGAAGCAGACGCGACAAGAUCGUCAGACCCUGAUGUUCUCCGCCACCAUGCCUCGAUCCGUCGUCGGUCUGGUCAGAGAGACCAUGAAGCCCGACUUCAAGUUCGUCCGCACCGUCGACCCAGCCGAGGCCGCCACGCAUGAGUCUGUACCUCAACACAUUGUUUUCUUGCCUGGUCUACAAAACCAACUCCCAGCUCUCACGGAAAUCGCCUACAAAGCAAUCCAGGCCCAUAAAGAAGAUCCGGAGAAUAACAUGCCCUUCAAAGCCAUCGCUUUCUUCCGCUCACUCAACGAAGUCAAAAUAGCAUUUGAAACUCUUCGCAACUUCCGUGACCCUUCAGCAAGGGGUGGCCUAUUUGCGCCGCACCCACUUGCGCCCUGCAAGAUCAUCGAAAUGUCCUCCCAACUCGACCAGCGACAACGAACAGCCAACUCGCAGGCGUUCCGUCAGGCCGAGUCUGCAAUCCUGGUCUCCUCCGACGUGACGGCUCGAGGCAUGGAUUUCCCCAACGUCUCCCAUGUCAUUCAAGUCGGCGCCCCACACAGACGAGAAGAUUACGUUCAUCGAUUAGGUCGGACCGGGCGCGCUGGAAAACCCGGUCAAGGCUGGCUUUUGCUCCAGAAUGACGAGCGCAAUGAUUACAGACAGUUGGCCAAUUCAAUCCAUGCGAAGAAUAUCAGCGAAGACGAUAGCCUGGAGACUGCCAAACUCGACAUGACCCAGCCAAGCCAGCUUUCAGCUCAAACUGCUAAGAUCAUGCAGAUGGUCGAGUCCGGCGUGAAACAGGUGUCGAGAGCCGACAAAGCGAGGGCGUACCAGAGCUUGUUGUCUGUGCUCAACCAGGGUGGCAAUUCAUCGAAGCAGGAGAUUGUCAACCAGGUUAAUGAACUCGCUACUUACGGAUGGGGACUCGAAGCACCUCCCUCGGUGACGCGCUCAUGGGCCGACAAGAUCGGUUUUGGCGGCGUUCAGGGCCUGCAUUUCCGAGAAGACACCGGCUUUGGUGGCACUGGCCGCUUCGGUGGUGGUGGGAGACGACAAGUGUUUGAUGAGCGCGAUCCAUUCGGCCAAGACGCUGGCGGCCCAGGAAGGGGCACGUUCGGUGGUGGGCGGUCCUUUGGUGGACGAGGAAGAGAUAGGUUUGGCGAACGGGAUGGAUUUGAACAGGAUAACCGCGGGUUCGGGCGAGGGGGCCUUGGUGGUGGACGAUCAUCGGGUGGCAGGGGUUUUGGCGGAGAUCGAGGGUCGCGUUAA